UUGCGCUUCGCGCUGGAGCUGAUGGUGUGAUGCAGCUUCCCUGCGACCCCGGAAGGCAGCUCGCUCUCCUCCCCGAAGCAUGUGACCGCUGCAGUCAGACGGACGGAAAACUUGUGACCCGACGAGCUUCUAUCGGCGUGUUCUCCGCAAUAAAACUUGACGCGUCGCCGCCUCACAGUCGCUCUCAUCCUCUCGGCUGCGUCAGACGACAUGGACUGCGGCAUCGUCACGUCCAAGACCGUCCUGCUCUUCCUCAGCUUGAUUUUUUGGGCUGCUGGAGCCGCGUUGGCCUACGUCGGCGCCUACGUGAUCAGGAGCUAUGACAGCUUCGACGGCGUGAUCCAGAACCGGUACGCCCUGACGCCGGCCAUCAUCAUCAUCGGCAUCAGCGUGGUGAUGUUCUGCCUCGGGCUGCUGGGAUGCUGCGCCACCCUGCGCGAGUCCAAGCUCGGCCUCAGCUUCUUCUUUGUGGUCAUCUUUGUGAUCUUCGCAGCAGAAGUGGCUGCUCUGGUGUUUAGCAUCAUCUACCAAGGAAAGAUAAAAUCAGGACUGGAUGUGUCCAUGAAUGAGGUCUUCUCCAAGUACGAUGGACAGAGCAGCGAACCUGUCGACGCUCUUCAGACCCAGUUGCAUUGCUGCGGCGUUAAAAACUACACCAGCUGGUUCAACACCACGUGGUUCGCCACCCACAACAACACGGUGCCUCAGUCCUGCUGUAAAAACACCACCGGGGGCUGCACGGGGAAACUCGAUCAACUGGAUCUGCUGAACCUGGAGGGCUGUGAGGCCAAGCUGCUGAGCCUCAUACAGAAUGUGCUGGGCUACGCCAUGCUGGUCGUUCUGGGCUUUGCCAUAAUCAAGUUCUUCGCGAUGCUGAGCGUGUGCGUGAUCAGCUGUCGAAAUGGCAGCAGGAGGACGGGCUACCAGCCGCUGUACGCCUGAGACGCCGCCUGAAGCCCCUCAGCACUUUCCCCACUUUGCUCCACUGGGUUUUCUGACCGCUGGAUAUCGAGCGUGUGCAGAUGCAGCUUGUACAGACGACCGACAUACGUUUUCCUCUGAGCGUGUUAAACGAUUUCACUGAGUGUGGUUUUCAGCCUUGACCUAUCGUAACUUCCCCCUUGAGCUACCGACCGCUUAUAUUUGGUCCUAAACCAACUAAAGGAUGUUCACUUGAGAUGCUUUCCCCACCGGAGCAACCUGCCAACUAGCACUGGCCUUUAAACCCCAGCAGCUCCUCUGACAUCACUUGUUAAGCUCUGCGGCAGCGUGUAGAUAAUAUUUCAAGGACAUUAUUCUGUGCAAUCUACUGUAACGAAGCAGUUCAAACUAUAUUUUAAGGUUUCUGUGAUUGUGAACACAAGUAUAGCUACUGACUGCCUUAUUUAGGGUUGCAAUGUAAACAGAAUGAAGACAAUAUAUGUAAUUUUAUAGUUGGUGAACUGUAUUUGAUGAAGUAACUGAAGAAAUUUGGCAUAGUUCAACAUUAGCUGUGUUUAUUGUAUUUCUAAUUAAAACAGUAUUUCUCAUUAAUUUCA